AUGUCUGUGUUUGACAGGCUGCUUUAAGCUGAUUUUGCUUCUCGUCUUCUCCUCUUGGGGGAGGAAGAAGCAGAGCCGGGGAAGAAAGGACCCGCAAAAUGCACAGAGCAGAGGCAAAACGAACGACAGGACUGUCAAUUUAAAGCGGUGGAAGCUCUGGGAUCCGUGGCAAGAAUUUGAAUAUUGAGGAGUCGGGGAGGUUGGAGAUUUGGAGAAACUCUGAUCGUGAAAAUCCAGGGAGCGUGCAUUUGAUAGUUUGGAAAUAAUUCUUCGCAUUGAUUAGUUUACUGCAAGAUGUGUGGGAUCUUUGCUUACGUUGUGUUCAAUGCUCCCAAAGAGAGGAAGCACAUAUUAGAAGUUUUGUUCAAUGGAUUGCGGAGGCUAGAGUAUCGGGGUUAUGAUAGUGCAGGAAUCUCUAUUGACUAUGAGCCCAGCGUAGGGGCCAAAUCCUCUGGUGGUCUGAAGGAUCUGGCAAUUUCUCAUCCUCCGUUAGUUUUCCGCCAGUCUGGGAAAAUUGAGAAGCUUGUGACUACCGUUUAUCAAGAGGUUGAUGAAACCGAUCUUGAUCUUGAGCUGUCGUUCCUGAAUCACGUUGGUAUCGCUCACACUCGAUGGGCCACACAUGGACCUCCGUCUCCGAGGAAUAGCCAUCCACAAUCAUCUGGUGAAGGGAACGAAUUUCUUGUGGUUCACAAUGGGAUUAUUACAAAUUAUCUGGUUUUGAAAGAAACUCUGUUGAGACAUGGAUUCAUAUUCGAAUCAGAUACUGAUACUGAAGUAAUCCCGAAGCUGGCCAAAUUUGUUUACGAUAAGUUGUCCGAAGACACCAAGAAGACCCAUCAGGAAGGUUAUGAAGGAGUCAAUCUUCAUCAAGUUGUCAUGGAAGUGAUGCGACAACUUGAAGGGGCAUAUGCACUUAUAUUCAAGAGUCCUCAUUAUCCAAAUGAGCUCGUUGCCUGCAAGCGAGGCAGCCCACUCCUCAUCGGGAUUAAGGAUCUGGGAGAUGAAGUCAAAACAAGAGACGGGUUUGUCAGUGCCCAAGACUCUGGCAGGCCUAAAGAGAUUUUUCUGGCGAGUGAUGCGAGUGCAUUAGUCGAACACACCAAAAGAGUGAUGAUUAUUGAGGAUGAUGAAGUGGUGCAUGUUAAGGAUGGUUCUGUCUCAAUAUUCAAGUUUGAUCCUACGAGGAGUUCCGGUGGAUUGCGGAGGCCUGCCUCUAUCCAGCGAGCCCUAUCAACGCUGGAUAUGGAAGUUGAACAGAUAAAAAAGGGGAACUAUGACCACUAUAUGCAGAAGGAGAUUCAUGAACAACCUGAAUCUCUUACUACCACUUUGAGAGGCCGUCUUAUACGAGGAGAUGAUUUUAAAGCCAAAAGCGUGCUUCUAGGUGGUUUGAAAGAUCAUCUUAGAACUAUACGGCGUAGUAGGCGAGUACUUUUCAUAGGAUGUGGUACAAGCUAUCAUGCAGCUUUGGCAACACGGGCACUUCUUGAAGAGCUUUCUGGAGUUCCGGUUACUAUGGAGAUAGCCAGUGAUCUGCUAGAUCGACAGGGCCCCAUAUAUAGGGAAGACACAGCUGUGUUUGUGAGUCAAUCAGGAGAAACUGCAGAUACAUUACAAGCGCUGGAGUAUGCCAAGUCUCAUGGCGCUCUUUGCGUAGGCAUCACAAAUACUGUUGGAAGUGCUAUAUCUCGUGGGACGGAUUGUGGAGUGCACAUCAAUGCUGGCUGUGAAAUCGGUGUGGCUAGCACAAAAGCAUACACGAGUCAGAUAGCUGUGAUGACGAUGCUUGCCCUUGCUCUUGGAGAGGACACAAUUUCUACUCGUGCUCGACGGGAGGCUAUUAUAGAUGAUCUUCUUGAGCUUCCAAAUAUGGUGAAAGAGGUUUUACAGUUAGAUGAGGAAAUGAAGGAGUUAGCCAAAGAACUGAUGGACGAGCAGUCACUCUUGUUAUUUGGUCGAGGGUAUAAUUAUGCAACUGCGCUAGAGGGUGCGCUGAAGGUAAAAGAGGUAGCGUUGAUGCAUAGUGAAGGUAUACUGGCGGGUGAAAUGAAGCACGGACCUUUAGCUCUGGUGGACGAGACUCUACCCAUCAUCGUAAUUGCUACACGUGAUGGCACUUGCAGCAAACAACAAUCUGUGAUUCAACAACUUCAAGCACGUAAAGGACGAUUGAUAGUUAUUUGCAGUAAAGGAGAUGCAGCUACGGUGUGCCCGAAUGGUGCUAGUCAUGUUAUUGAGGUUCCUCAGCUUCAGGAUUGUAUACAACCUAUUAUCAAUAUUAUUCCGUUGCAGUUGUUAGCAUAUCACUUAACAGUUCUCCGUGGCUUUAACGUUGAUCAACCCCGAAAUUUGGCGAAAAGUGUGACUACCGAGUGAUGUUUUCAAAUUAUAUCUGAAGAACUUCUUCAAGCUGUUUGUCAAGUGGCAUUUUACGGUUGCCGAUCAAAGGAGUGGGUCUCUAUCAGUGAUUUGGUCCGUGUUCUUCAGGAUUGACAUCAAGUAGCGUUGGUACAUGCUGUACAUUAGGUCCUCCAUCCUACCGAUUCAUUAUUUGUCAUGUAUCCAAGUAAGUCGGAGAAACUCGCAUCUUCUGUCAAUAUUGGCAGGGGAAUUUGUAGUUUAUUACAGUAAUUUAUUAUUCGAGUUAUCAUAUCCGUGUGAAUAAGAUGACUUAAGGUUGUUAGAGAUUCAAACUCUUUUUUGCGUCAGCAAUGUAAAUAUCGCGUCAGUAAUUUGAAUUCUUCCAUUUCGGUU